CGUCUCUCCGCCACUUCUUUCUUCUUCUCCUUCUCCUUCUCCUUCUUCCAGCUACCGAAAACGCCGACGCUAACAAACCAACAGAAAUCCCCGCCGGGAUCGCCGUUCUCCAGCAUCGGCUCGCCGAUUUCUCGUCUUCUUAUGUGUGUGCGAGAUCAAUUAGGGGAAAACCAUGGAGAGUUCGGUAGUGGCGGAGCAGAGGAGCGACACUUUGGUGGUCGGCAAAGUCGGAUCCUCGUCGUCGUCGGCUGAAAUUACCGUUGCGUCCACUUCAUCGUUUGUUACUGCGGCGAUGAUGCAGCGGAGGAUAGAGUUCCACCCGGCGAGGAAGCAGUACAGCGGAUUGGGGACGUGUCGGGAUUUCCCGAUCGAGACGCUGAACCCUGAUUCGUCGAAGAGGCCGGCUAGGUUGGAGGAGCUGACGACGACGAUGUCGCGGAAGGUGGUGAAGAGAGGCGACGGGACGGCGAUGGAUUUGUGGGAGAGCGAGAUCAGUAGCUUCGAUAUUACAUUUCAGAGAAUUGGUGCUGGUUUGCGAAACAUCGGGAACACUUGUUUCCUCAACUCCGUGUUGCAAUGCUUGACGUAUACAGAACCUUUGGCAGCAUAUUUACAAAGUGGCAAGCACAACAGUUCUUGCCGCAUUGCUGGGUUUUGUGCCUUGUGUGCCAUCCAGAAACAUGUCAACCGUGCGUUACGAUCUACUGGGAUAUCGUUUGUACCUGAUCUUGUUUCGAACAUGCGAUGUGUAUCUCGAACUCUCAAAGUUUCUAAGCAGGAAGACGCACAUGAAUACUUGGUGAACUUACUGGAAUCAAUGCACAAGUGUUGUUUACCAUCAGGAGUCCAGAGCGAGUCACCUGCUGCUUAUGAAAAAAGUUUGGUGCACAAAAUCUUUGGUGGUCACCUGCGUAGUCAGGUGAAAUGCCAGCAGUGUUCUUACUGCUCUGACAAAUUUGAUCCAUUUUUGGACUUGAGCCUUGAAAUAAACAAAGCAGAUGCCUUACCUGUAGCACUCCGGAACUUCACUGCUGCAGAAUUGUUGGACGGUGGAGAGAAGCAUUAUCAAUGUCAACAAUGCAAGCAGAAAGUCAGGGCCACGAAACGUCUCACGAUUCAUAAACCACCCUAUGUGUUGAGCAUACAUUUGAAGCGGUUUUUUGCCCAUGAUCCUGGAAGGAAGGUUGGGAAGCAAGUUUCUUACGAGCGUACCUUGGACAUUAGGCCAUUUGUCAGCAAUCCCAAUGUGAGUUCUUUUUCCAUUUGCAGACAAUUUGCUGACUACUACUUUUCCCCCUCUAUACGUGAUGGCGUUUUGGAGGAAGAUCCGUGGUUUUCUACUCUUUCAUAUGAUUGUGCCUCAUUUUCUCGAAUUACUUAUGUUUGGCAGGAAUGCAACUUGAAGUACAGUCUUUAUGGUGUUCUAGUUCAUCAUGGAAGCAGCACCCGCUUUGGUCAUUAUGUCUGCUUUGUUCGCACCUCGACUGGGAUGUGGUACUGUCUGGAUGACGAAAAGGUUCACCAAGUUGGCGAGAAGACUGUUUUAAAUCAGAAGGCUUAUAUGUUAUUUUAUGUUCGCGACAGAACGAAAGUGGCUCCAAGGAGACAACUUGACGAGGCUAAAAAAGACAACAGUAUGAAAGCCCCUCUUGUUAGUAACAUGCUUAACACGGUUGUUAAGCAAACGCCAAAUGGUGUGUCAAAGGAGGCUCUACCGAUGGAAGUACCAAUCAAACAGAGGAAUGAGCCAGCAAAGGCUACAUGCUCAAUUCAAAACCCAGUUCCCGUUUCGGCAUUUUCUGCCAAGGAACCAUUGCUCGUUGACCCUGCUCUAGGAGAAUGCGUUAAAACUUCUGCACAAUCUGUGACUGAGAAUGUCAGUCCCACCCCUGAACCGAAAGACUGCACCGUCUCAUUUACAUCAGGACCAAGUGUCUGUGGUAGUGUUUCUUCGUGCUCCAGUGAUGAGCGAAACAUGGUAACUCGCAAGCUCACCUCUGAUGAAUCUUUGCAAAAGUCUAAUUCUGCUGUAACCGUGGUGGUUGAAGUGCCUUCUGGAUGUGCUGGUGAUAAGACAUCAAAUGCACCUAGUUUGACUGCAUCGAUUGGGGAUCAGAAUCAAGUAGAUCAUGCACCACCACAAUGUGAUCCCAGUUGUGAGAAGAAUCAGGAUGGGGGCAUUCAUGUUAACAAAACAGUGGAUCAGGCAGGCCAUAAAGUUGAAGUAGUCGGCAAGGAGUGCGAUGUGCAAAGUGCUCCUGGUAGCAGUUCAGAGAAAAGAGAUAAAAAGAAGCAUCUGAAGCACCAUAUUCAUAAACUGCAUCUUGGUACAAACUUCUUCAGGACAUCUCUCAGGCAUGGCAUAAAGAAAAAAAAUACAUGGAGGAAACGUCGCAGUUCAGACAGACUGAAGCUCCUGAAGCAGCAGCAGUUGGAGGAAGCCAAGAGUCUUUCAUCUGAAAUGGAGCCGUCAACUUCCAAGAACUUUGCUUCUUCGUCUAGUUCAGCAAAUUCUCGGAAGAAGAAGAGAGCUAAGCCCCAUUAUAAGGAGGAUUGUGCGGGUAUCAAUUCCCAAGAAGACAUGAUUGGGGAGUUGUCACAAAGAACUGGUCAGAAUGGUACUAUCCUUGCAACAUCUGAGCAAUUGCAGAAGAGCUCCGCCUCUAACUCUGCAGCAAACAGGCAGGAUGCUAACAGCAUGAUAGGAAAUGUUAAAACAGAUGUAACGAAGAUUGGUGUGGCAGAUUUCCUUGCACAAGGUUUGAAGCAGGCAGCAGUCUCGUGUUGGGAUGAGGUAAAUCCAUCUCGAACCCAUGAAUCAAAUGGUGCAGAGGUUUUGAGCAUUGGUUACGUGGCAGAUGAGUGGGAUGAAGAAUACGAUCGAGGUAAGAGGAAGAAGGUUAGGGAGUCUAAGGAAGACUUCAGUGGACCAAAUCCUUUCCAACAGGUUGCUUUCGAGAAGUCGAGACAGCACCAGCACAAGGAAGCGAAAGUAGAUGGAAAAUGGAGGCGGAAGGAAAAACGAAGGCAAAGACAAACCGCAUGAAAAAGAAGCACACGAUCCACUCCGUCGGAACAGUUUGUAAGAAUGCUACUACUACCAUCACUGAUUUGUCGACCUGAUGAAUGUUUUGUAACUCUGUCUGCCAGCAUUAAGUUGAGGUUUGAUACCAAAAGAAUCAAAAUGAUGGCGAAAAUUUUGUAUGUGUUCUUGUUUUGUGUGUUCAUUUUUGCACUUUUCAGUAGAGAGGUGAGAUAUUAUUAUGAACACUCUUUGGAGGGAUUCUAUCUAUCAUGUUGGGAUUGUUGUGAAAACUAGUGAGCUUUGCUUUCAAUUAUUUUUGUUGAGAAAUGUAUCUACAACUCCAGACCUUCAUGAUCUAUUUGUUUCCCCCAAUUUUGAAUAACGGAAACCAUGC